UGGCUAUGAUUGGUUAGUUCUCUCGUUCGGGACAGCCCAUUCAAUGUAAAAACGCCUCAUCCAGUCUCGUGAUCAAGUGAGGAAGUAAGGAGUGUUUGUUGGGACUUGCGAGGAUACAACGAACAGCCAGCUUCACCGAUAAAAUGGAAAUUCGUGUCGUCUCCAUCUGCCUCUCCCUCUUCGUGCUCACGUAUGCCGAGCCCGUCAAGUAUGUCGAUUGUGGGUCUGCUGUUGCGAAAGUCUCCUCGGUCGAAGUAAGCCCAUGUCCAAAACAACCUUGUGAGCUCAAGAGAGGACAAUCCUACGCCGUUAAUGUGACUUUCCUCAGCGAUGAUGCAAGCCAGACCAGUAAAGCAGUGGUCCAUGGAGUGAUCGCUGGUAUUCCGGUUCCUUUUUCCAUCCCUAAUGAUGACGGCUGUACGUCAGGGGUUGUCUGCCCCAUUCAGAAAGCGAAAACCUACAGCUAUGUCAAUCAGCUGCCAGUCAAGUCUACUUACCCUUCAAUCAAGCUGCUCGUGGAGUGGGAACUGAUGGAUGACUUGGGCAAAGACUUAUUCUGCAUAAAGUUCCCAGUCCAAAUCACAAGCUGAGGGACAUUGUCUUUCUGCACUAAAAGAGGGAAAUACUAUGCAGAGGUCAUAGAUGUGUCUUGUCAGAAAAUGACCUGUUGCCUUUCUAUUGAUUUUAAUUACUUCUUGGGCAAUUAAACAAUUGGCUUGAAUAGCUGCCAGUCUUACGUCAUCAAUCCCAGAGUUGUCCAUGCUGCAAAAGAAAACUGGCUAUGAUUGGUUAGUUCUCUCAUUCGGGACAGCCCAUUCAAUGUAAAAACGCCUCAUCCAGUCUCGAUCAAGUGAGGAAGUAAGGACUGUUUGUUGCGACUUGCGAUGCUAAAAACUUUGCUUUUAUGUGUCUAUCAAAUGAUUGAGUGCUCAUUCAGUCGCUAGUUAAAUCGGAUGGAAACCUUGAUUCAUCAAUCAUGCGAUUGUUCAUUGACGUGUGGCAACUUAGUUUUUUUUUUUUUUUUUCUUCCUAUGAAGAACAGUUUUGAUUUUUAGAAAGGAAGUCUAAGAUUAACAGCACAACAUUGUAGUUUAUCAUGGGGCAAUUGGAGCCUGAUUGCACCUUUAGUAGUCCAGAGUAUGUUCUUUGUCCUGACUAAAGAAGUGUUCUUAAUUUUUAAUUCUGUUGCUGCAGUAGAGUAUCACUGAUCACAAUAAUACAAAAGUUU